GGGGGGACGGUAGGCGGCGCCAGGAAUCAACUCUGGUAUUGGUUAGGUAGGGAGCUACCUUAAAGUCUGUUAAGCGAUCGUCUGAUGUUUUCUUUGUUUGGGAGUGUGGAGAGAGAUACUGCGCAGUUUGUGAUUGCUGCGUAUUUUGUAUAAUGGAAAUUGGGAGAGUUUCGGUGGGAGCAUUAUUUUAUUUGAAGUCUGGAAAGUUGAGAGAAAGACGGGAGUAUAUUGUGGUGGCUUCUUAUCCUCCUGAGGAUAAUCCUUAUUAUAGAGACAUUGUUCUUAAUACUAUUCGGGACUCAGCGAAUUCUGAAGAUGAUAAAAUUAGCAUUCCUUGCGAUAGAUUCGUGGCACAUAUCCUGACCGGGGAGUUGUACUAUACGUGCUUGACGCCCACGUCAGUUAAUAUCGAUUUUAACCCUCAAGAAUUCUUGGAAAAAGUUAGGAGUGUCUAUCGUGAGCUAUCCAUUUUGGCGGACUUUUCUCAAGAAUUUCAAAAGUCAAAAGCCAAAUUUUCUGAGCCGCUCAAGGAAAUUAUUGAAACCAAAAAUUGCCAGAAUUUAACGUCUUUGCCGGUAGUUAAAGACGAGCUUGCUCAAGUGAGAAAAGUUCUGAUCGAAUCCGUUCAAAAAUUGAUUGACAGAGGACAAAGGCUAGAAGAGCUCGUCAAAAAAACUCAAAUUUUGGAAAUAACGAUGCGAAAAGAUUUUCAGUUAACUCAGCGAUCGACCAAAAAAAAACAUAGCGUCUGCUUUGCCGCUCUUUUAUCGAUUGUAAUGCUCCUGACGUGCUUAGCGUUUGGCAUUUUUGUUUACGUUCAAUUUAUGUGACAUUUAUGUUUAUUGUAU